GCACACUUCUGGCGCAUGCGCAAACACAUCGGUAAAGCGGAAAGUCCAAGAUGGCGGCCUAAGCGGCGUGGCUUUCAGGAGAAGUUUCACAUUUACGAUCUUAUAGAUUCAACAAUUGCAUCAAACACCGCAACUAUGCGCCUUAUCUGAAGCCCACCACACGGACUUUGAGUGUGGAGCGACGGCGUGUUAUCUGAAGUGAAGAUUGAAGAGGUGAUAGAAGAUGGACGACUACUGCUAUGCUAACUUGGUGACGUCAUGUCAAAGAGAAUCAGCGCCACCAACGGAGAACAACCUGAAAAGACAAGAGGAAGAUGUCGAAGAAGAACAUCUUUCUCGUGAGCAGGAAGCGGAGCCACAGUCCCACCGCAUUAAAGAGGAAGAAGAGAAACCACAUUCACAACACAUUAAAAAGGGAGGAGAGGAGCCACAGUCCCCCCACAUUAAAGAGGAAGAGGAGGACCCACUGACCCUUCACAUUAAAGAGGAAGAGGAGGAAGAGGGCAUCAGUCAGCCCAAAUGGUUGGAGGAGUUCCCAGUGAGUGUGAAGAGUGAAGAUGGUGAAAGUGAGGAGAGGGGAGGGGGGGAGCCUCCAAGCAGCAGCUCAACACAACACAUGACAACAGAAGCUGAUGGAGACCACUGUGGAGGAUCACAAGCAGACAAGCUCUUAGCUCCACUAUCAGAUAGUGAGGACACAACCUCACACUCUCCUCACACUGAUGAUGAAGACUCUAAAGAUGAUGCAACAUGUCACACUGACAACACUCACUUCACAUGUCCUACCUGUCACAAAACUUUUAAAUACCAUAGUCUUCUGAAAAGACACAUGAGAACACACACUGGAGAAAAAACUUUUUCUUGUUCAACCUGUGGUAAAGGUUUUACACGAAGUCAUGAUUCUAAAGUACACAUGAGAACACACACUGGUGAGAAACCUUUUUCUUGCUCAGAAUGUGGUAAAGAUUUUGUUCUAAGUAAACAUUUGAAAGUACACAUGAGAACACACACUGGUGAAAAACCUUUUGUCUGUUCAACCUGUGGUAAAGGUUUUGUACAAAGUCCCCAUUUAAAAGAACACAUGAGAACACACACUGGUGAAAAACCUUUAGUCUGUUCAACCUGUGGUAAAGGUUUUACACAAAGUCGAUGGUUGAAAGUACACACGAGAAUACACACUGGUGAAAAACCUUUUGUCUGUUUAAUCUGUGGUAAAGGUUUUACACAAAGUCGAUGUUUGAAAAUGCACAUAAGAACACACACUGGUGAAAAACCUUUUUCCUGUACCACCUGUGGUAAAGGUUUUACACAAAGCCAAUAUUUGAAAGGACACAUGAGAACACACACUGGUGAAAAACCUUUUUCCUGUUCAACCUGUGGUAAAGGUUUCACAGAAAAUCGGUGUUUGAAAAGACACAUGAGAACACACACUGGUGAAAAAUCACAUUCCUGUUCAAUCUGCAACAGAAGCUUUGGUGAACGAUCAAACCUUGUAAGACACAUGAGAAGACACCCAGGAGAGAAAGUGUUGAGUUGCAGUGUGUGUGGUGAAAGAUUGUCUUCUAAGUACCAGUGUAAGAAACACAAGUGUGCUGGUGAGAACAGCAGCAGCAAAUGAAACUGCAGGAUUUGAAAUAAACUGUCCAGACUUUCAUUUGGACUUUCUAACAUCAGCACAUAUAACAUGUGUGACAUUGUUGUUUGUCUAACAAUCUCUUUAAUUAAUUUAGCAUUAAACAGGCACUGAGUGAGCACAAUAUGUCCAUCAUGUCCUCAUGUGUAAUGUUUACAUUCUUUUUCUAUUUUUUGGGACUACAAUGUGCAAUAAUGUUAUAUGUAUGUGUAUAUAUAUAUUCAUAUGCAUGCAGAUAUGCAUGUGUGUGGAUAUAUAUAUAAAUAUACAGAGAUACAUCUCUCAUCUCAUAUCUUUUUUUUUUUACUAUUUAUACUACCAUAUUGUAUAUGCACCUUAGGAGGAUCUGCUCCAAUUUCGUUGUUCUUUGAACCUGUUCAUUGCAAUAAUGACAAUAAAACUAUUCUAUUCUAUUCUAUUAAUAUGCUUCUAGAUUUAUAGAUUAGAUAUUUUAUAUUAAUGCUUUUUUCAGUCAAGUACAUGCAUUAAUAUACAACAUUGUGUACUUUUAUUAAAAAAUGGACAGCGAUUUGAGUAAAAAGGUGAGAGUAAACAGUAAAAUACAUAUUUUACAUGCAAUAAACAUUUUGUGCCAUCGAAGA